CAAAUCUAAGCCUCUUUACGACAACCAUAAGUCAUCACAGCCAUAUUUUAUGCCCAGAAUCCGACACAGUUGUAACAGUAGAUUUGUAGCCUUAAAUCCUGUGUUCUCCAGUGCCGUGAUCUUUCCUUUUCCAAAAGCAAGGUGGAACACGAUGAUGACUUCGUCAUGGCCACGUGAAGCAAGGCACAGUCUGCCCUUUUCCACUUCCUUUUCUUCUCUUUCAAUUAUGCUAGGCAAAAGGACACAGUCUUCCUUGUUCUCCUCCACAAAACACUCGCAGAUCAGAGACUAAACCCACAGUGCAGCAGAGUUGGGUUUCAGUCCCGGUUGCGUUGUGUGUGUGUGUGUGUAUGUGAGUGUGUGUGUGUGUGUGAGAGAGAGAGAGAGAGAGGGAGGGAGAGAUGAGAAUUCUGCAGAAGCUGAAGCUGCUGGUGGUACAGUGCGCUGCAGCCAGAAGCAGCACCGGUGGCGACGUCCGCUCCUUUAACAUCCGGCAACGAUGGAGGCCGGCGAAGAAGCUCUACGUCUUCACCAAGUUUCGUCGACUGCUCCGCCGAGGGGUUUGCUCCGAAGAUGAGCAGCCGAGCUUGGAGGAGAGCAAGGGGAUGAUGAAACAGAAGCUACUGGAUCUGUUUGCUUCCUCGCAGUCGGUGGAAGACGAAGGCGGCAGCAGCAACAGCAGCUGUGGCGACGACGGGCGGGCAGUGGAAGCGCUCACAGCCCGCCGUGGUGGCGGAGCUUGGAGGUUCAGGUCGGCGGCGGGUCUCCGGUGCCGGUUGCUGCGGAGGGCUUGGCGACCUGUGCUGGUUGCUAUUCCGGAGAGUGACUGACAUUACUACGUGUAGUCCAUGCAAAUGCCCUUUCCUCUGGAUGUGUUGUUGAUUCCAUGCCGAAGCAUUUAAGCUCAAGACGAUCAUAGAAAGGUCUUGUUCAUGUAGCAUCUUUGAUCACCAUGGAUUAAGGCUGUGUACUGCUUGGUGACAGAUCGAAGCAUAAGACACCUGUGUGAACUCA